UCCCGAAACUGUUGGAAUCUGCCAAUCCGAAGGGCUCGGGGUCCCUCGCUGGUUCGGUCGGGACUGUAGAAAAACCCUAGUCUUCCAUAUUGUGGCUCAGUUGCAUCAGCACUUUGGACCGUUAAAAGCCGCCUCUUUCUUCCUCACCCGAAAAAAAAGGGCCAAAAAAAAAAAAGGAAACCAAAACUUUCAUUUCGUAAGCUCAGACCCCACCAUGCAAUUGUGCUCGGAGGCCCUGCAAUCGAGCAGCGCCCCCCUCGGAUUCUCCGAUUUUCUUCAGCCAAGACCCUCGACCCGCUUCUUGAACUAGACCCGAGCUGCCCUUAAAGCCAUGGAGCCUGCGGAGGUCAAGAGCGAGGCGCCCGAGGUGGAGGAGGGAACCCCCAACAAUACGCCGACGCCGCCGCCGCCGCCGGCGGAGAAGCAUACGCGCCGCAACCUCCGUGGAUCUGCUAGUGAUGUCAACAACAACGACGAGGCUGCAACCCUCGCCGAGCUCUGGCCUUCCCGGAAGUCCAAGUCCGACACUGCCGCCACUUCGGGAAAGGCCGGGAAGACUGUGGAGAAGAAAGACUGGACUUCGAAGAUGAGGAAGAGGCUCAGCAACUCGACGACUAAGCCCCCGGUGGCUCUUCGUUCCGGGAAGAGGUUAAGCUAUAAGAAGUAUAUGUCCUCAAUCGACAGAUCAGGUACCCCUACUGUAACCAGGACUGCUGUUUGGCUUAAGGCAGAAGAGGUCCGAUCAAAUCUUGACCCAAAUUUCCCAAGCUUCAUCAAAGUUUUGGUCAGAUCUCACGUCGGCAGUUGCUUUUUCCUGGGGUUUCCAAGUCCCUUUGGCAAAGCAUAUUUACCGCAGACCGACACAGCUAUAAUUGUGGAAGAUGAACAGGGGAAGCAGUAUGAGGUUAAAUAUAUUGGUCAAAAAACGGGACUGAGUGCAGGUUGGAGGCAAUUCUCUGUGGAUCACAAUUUGCUUGAGGGUGAUGUUUUGGUCUUCCAAUUAGUUGAAGCCUCCAAACUGAAGGUUCAUAUAAUCAGGAAAAGUGACAAUAGAGAAAUUGAAGGUGCCGUAGGACUCCUUAAUCCAGAUUCUCCUGCUGAAAAUCCAGGAACUGACAUCCCUCAAGCUGAUAUGAUCGCUUCUAAGCGUGGUAGGAGAAAACGUCCUAAGUCUCUCCCUUUGAGUAUCCUCCAGAAGAACAAAAAGAAGCCUCGCCAGCAAAAGUCAUUGACCCCUGAAAUAGGACGAUCUGCACAACAAUCGGGGAACGACAGUGAAGAGGUUGGUUCUGAGGUUUUGGAGAGCUCCAGGUUAAGUGUCACCAAGGUUCAAUUUAAAGAUGUUGCAGCUCUCGAGAACUUCAAAAUCUUGAUAGAAGGAGUUCUUGUGGACUCGGAGUUCCUCGAAGAUACCCGCCGCAAGUACUACGAGCUCUGUUGUAGUCAGAAUGAGUUUCUUCACGAGAACCUCAUGGAGGGCAUCAACUUGAAACUGAUCAUCGGCGCCAUAGCUGAAAUUGUCGGUAUUUCUGAUGCAAUAAGAGCAUGCGAUCUCGCUACCACUCAGGACAAGUUCUUGAGUUGGGAUAGGACUCUGCAUGCCUUUGAACUUUUGGGAAUGAAGGUUGGGUUUCUGCGAAAACGGGUUAAUUGGCUUAUAACCCUUGCAUUUGAAUCUGAGAGUGCAGCCGAGGCUCGAAAGUUAGCUGAAGCUAAAAGUAAACGGGCUUCUGCGGAGGAAGAGAUAAGAAAGCUGGAGUUGAGGCUUUUGGAGUUGGAGGAAGUGAAUGAGAAUCUGGGGGCUGAGAUAGAGAGCUUAAGGCCAAAAGUUGAGACCCACGCGCUGAAAUUCUUGGAAGAGGUUAAUGCUCCGUGGUGAGCGAAUUCUCUAUGUUGCUGGAAUGUAUUUCUGUAGCUUUUAGUCACUUAUGGCAUGUUUCCAUACUCUGUAAAGAUCUUCCAUCCUUUUCAAUGAGACGGUAGUAGUUGAAGGAAUGCGAGAGACCUGAAGUUUCACUAAAAUAUCUCUUAUCCCUUUCACA